AUGGAAAAGAAUGAUUUUUAUAAGGUAAAAUCACUUAUUGAUCAAAAGGAUCGAACAUCAAAUUCAAUAAGUUUAUUUUUUGCUGAAUCUAAAGCAGAACACAUCCCUCUCUCAGAACUUUACGAAAAAGAUAAUCUUAAUGCAUUAUUUGCUGGAAAUCUCUACUAUGUCGGUCCAAAACCAGAUCAUGGGGAGCAAGUUCAGAUAAAUUAUGGAAGUUGGCAAGAAGAUGGAGUCAGACAUCAAAUUGAAGGCGAAAAAAUAAUAUACAAAUGUGUUUCUUGUACAUAUUUAGAUAAUUCAAUGAAUGCAGAGGAAAAUAGAGCUUAUUAUGAGGUGAAAAGGUUAUGUGCGCAGAAUAAUGAUGAUAUGUAUACAUCAGAGAUGUAUGUUCCACCAGAAAAUUUCACAUAUCGUGCAAUUGCUGGAGAAUCUCUUGUUUUCGAAUAUUUCACAACAAAAGCAUACAGAAUAUUCUAUGAAUUUCUCUUCUUGUUAGGAUUGAAUGGAAUUUCGGACUUCUUUUGGUCAUAUAAAGCAAAACGUCAUAUAUUUUACUCAGAAAAGAAGGUUGACUUUGAAACUAAUGGUUACAGAACUAAAUAUGGUGAACAAGACCAAGUUUCAGCUAUAAAAUACCAAGAAUCGGCAGAAUCUCAACCAGAAAAUACUAAUUCUUACAAUAAUGCUAUGAAAAUGAGUUUACGAAAUCCAUAUAAUACGGACUCCUAA